AACGCGGGACGCUCCCGCACGGGGGAAGGGACCGGGCCGAGCAUGGCGGGGCGGCCUCGCUGCGAACUGUGCGGGAGCCGCCCGGCCCCGCGGCUCUGCCCCCGCUGCCGCCUCGUCCGCUACUGCGAUGCCUCUCACCAGGGGGCCGACUGGAAAAGCAUCCAUGAGAAGAUCUGCCCCCUGCUCAUCCCACCCCAGCCCUGCUUCCACUCAGAAAGGGACAGAAAGCACGGCAAGGAGCAGCUGCUGAGGAGGCAGAAGUCCAUCGUGGAGGUGGCUGCCAGUGCUGCCCAGGGGUUCCUUUGGGAAGGGAAGGCCCUGGAAGCCCUCCCUGCAGCCCUGCAGGCGCUUCGCUUCAGCGCCCGCGUGUUCGGCUGGAGCUCCGUGCAACUGGUGCCCGUUUAUCUCCUCCUGGCCGAGGCCUCCACGGGCACUGGGAAUCUCCGACAGGCAUCCAAGUACCUCUCUGAGGCCGAGUGGAUCGUCCUGCAGACCCCAGACUGCCCUGCUGCUGUCCAGUCCAGGUUACACCGUGGGCUGGGGCUGUUCUGUAUCGCUCAAGGAAACCUUGACCAGGCUUUGUAUCACCUGGCCACUGAUGUGAGUCACCCCAAAUACAGGAACACCUUGGAUUUGAUUCCUUCCCUCCUUCCGGUGAUAGAGAAUCGUGGAAUCCCUGAGGUGACCAGGCUGUGGCAUUCCUGGCUGCUGAGCUCACUGCAGGAGCACCAGGGACGGCUCCGGCAGCUCCGGGCCCGCGCCGAGGCGGCUCCGUGGGCUGACGACGAGGAGGUGGCCGAGUACAGGAUGACCGAAGCCCAGCGGGAAGAAGGGACGCGGGUGCUGCAGGCCCUGCUGGGGGUCAGGAAGAAACAACAGCUCCCCGAGGAAACAGCCCGAGUCCUGCAUGCCCUGGCCAUGCUCCACUACCUGGACCUGGAUUUGGAAAAGGCCCGGGAGGUGGGGAUGAAAGCCUUUGACCUGGCCAAAGAGCUGCCCCAGCAAGAGUCUCUAGAAACCAUUGGUCACCUGUUGGAGCUGAUUAAUGCCAACUUUUCCCACACAAAAUAAGAACUGGCCCUGCCAGAUCCAGGUGUUUGGCCAGGUUAUCUCUUCCCGGGUUCCUGGACACCACAAGAGCGUCAGGAGCCCUCCCUCCUUCCUGCUGCUGCCUCUUCCCAGCUGCUGUUCCUUGGCUGUCCCAAACUCUUUGGAAAGUAAACACUUGGGUCUGAGUUAA